CCAAUAUUCUAGAAACGUCUUGUGAUUGAUAAAACCCUAGGGUCCCAACCCCGUCUCCCUCCAACUUUGCCAGGGUUUAUCCUCUCUUCUAUUCUCCUCUCCCAGCGUCCUUCAGAAACCCUGUAUUCCUAUAUCUCUCCAAUCACUCAGUAAGGGAAAUGGCGACUGCUCCAACGAUUUCAACGAGGAGUUUGCCAUCGUUUGAGGGACUUAGACCUUCAACUGUCAGAAUUUCAUCUAUGGGUCUACCAUUGAAAGCAGGUGGUCUCACCCAGAGGUCCUUUCGGAGUCUGGUUGUCAGAGCUGCCACUGUUGUUACCCCCAAGUACACUUCCCUGAAGCCUUUGGGUGACAGAGUGCUGGUAAAGAUUAAAACUGCAGAGGAGAAGACUGUCGGUGGUAUUUUACUUCCAACUACUGCUCAAACAAAACCACAAGGAGGGGAGGUUGUUGCCGUAGGAGAAGGCAAGACAAUUGGGAAGAACAAAUUGGACAUUUGUGUGAAGACUGGUGCCCAGGUAGUGUAUUCCAAGUAUGCAGGGACAGAGGUGGAGUUCAAUGGAUCAAAUCAUCUGUUAUUGAAGGAGGAUGACAUUGUUGGUAUUCUCGAGACAGAUGAUGUUAAGGAUCUGAAGCCCCUGAAUGAUAGAGUCCUAAUCAAGGUUGCUGAGGCUGAGGAAAAGACUGCUGGAGGCUUGCUGCUAACAGAGGCAAGCAAGGAAAAACCUUCCAUUGGCACGGUGGUGGCAGUCGGGCCUGGUCCUUUGGAUGAGGAUGGUAAGAGGAAACCACUGUCUGUGAGCCCAGGAAAUACAGUUCUGUAUUCCAAGUAUGCAGGGAAUGACUUCAAGGGCAGUGAUGGUUCUGACUACAUAGCUCUAAAGGCAUCAGAUAUUAUGGCUGUGCUUUCUUAGUUGUCAAUUUAUAUUUUUCAUUCGCUGUAAUGCAGAAUUUUCCAAUAUGGUUCUCAAAGUUUGGAUUCUAAAUGUAGCCAUUCAAAACAUUAUCCAUGCAGCUCUCCAUUUCGUAAGACGACGCUUUCCAUACUUGGAUUGAUUGGCCUUUGUUGUCUGUAUUUGGGCUUGUUUCAACACGCUUGUAGGUCUGCGGACAAGUUAGCAACUGAAUACCAUCUGAGGAACUUUGUAUCUUAGGGUUAUUCGAUAAUCCUUUUAA